CCCAACUUCCGCUUGGUUACAAGUCGAGUUUUGAUCUAAUCUCUACAGUUUUCUGAAUUUUGUGCAGAGAUGAAGGUUAUCGCUGCGUACUUGCUCGCUGUUCUUGGCGGUAAUACCAGCCCAUCUGCCGACGAUUUAAAGUACAUCCUCGGAUCAGUUGGGGCUGAUCUUGAAGAUGAUAGGAUCGAGCUACUGCUAUCUGAAGUGAGGGGUAAGGACAUUACAAAGCUGAUUGCAUCUGGAAGGGAGAAGCUGGCAUCCGUGCCUGCUGGUGGUGGUGGUGCAGCCAUUGCAGUGGCUGCAAGUGCUGGGGGUAGCGGUGGUGGUGCAGCACCUGCAGUGGGUGAACCAAAGAAAGAAGAGAAGGUGGAAGAGAAAGAGGAGUCAGAUGAGGACAUGGGCUUUAGUCUUUUUGACUGAGGGAUUCAGAUGCUGAUCUGUGUAGGGAGCCUUUGCUUCCCAUGUUCAAGCUCUCAUCCUAAAUUUUUGGUCUGUUUAGUGAACAUUUUUGGUAGAAGUUAAAUUAUUUUUUCUUCUUUCCCCUAUUAGGUAGGAAGAGAUGUAAGGGAGAGGAAAAUGUUGCAUGAUAUAUUGAGUAAUGUCGAUUUACCUUUAGUUUUAUGCACAUAAGAUAUUGUUAGGGUCUUUCCUUUGCCAAUGAUAUAAUUCUCAUCAUAGAACUGGGACUUAUUUGUGUC